AUGGCCGCCCGCAAGGCGAUUGACAGUUACAUCUACGAGACCCCCCUUAUCCUCAGCGUCAGCCUGAGCAAGCGCACCGGGCACCACAAGAUUCUUCUGAAGUGCGAGAACCUACAACGGACCGGGAGCUACCACUACCGCGGCUUCAUCCACUCGGUGGUCCGAGCCAAGGCGCGGGAUCUCUCCGUGACGAACUUCAUCACCUAUUCCGUGGCGAACGGAGGGCGGGCGCUGGCCUGCGCCGCCGAGGACUUCCAGAGCGCCGCCCGCGUCGUUGCCCCCGGGCCGACCCACCCUCUCGUCGCGAGCGGGAUUCGCUACCACGGGGGGGUGCUUUACCCCUGUGGCCCCACCCCACACGCGCGGGACGCCAGGCUUGCCGAACUCGCGCAAACUUUCCAGGCCAACCCCCGCGGACGCGCCGUGGUGGUGGACCCGUACCACGACCCCGACCUCCUCGCGGGGUUCGGCACCGUCGGGAUCGAGCUGAUGCUCCAGACCGACUGCGAGGUGGACUGCGUGGUGGCCCCGCUGGGCGGGGGGGCGCUGAUUAACAGCCUCGCCGUCGCCCUCCGCGGGAUGAAGCCGAACGUCGCCGUCUUCGGCGCCAUCUCCGACUUCGUCAACGAGUCCGACAUGUCCCUCCGCUACGUCGAGAUGAAGACGGAGGGAAAGGAGGCGGAAAAGCCGGAGGCCGCGCCUUCUUCCUCAAACCCUUCCAUCCUCGAAAGGAAGGUCACGAAGUGGAAUGCGAAACACAUGAAGAAGCUCGUAAACGGGGUCUUGCAGGUCACGGAGGAGGAUGUGCGAUAUGCGUUUCGAUACGUCUACGAACGCUGCAAGCUCGUGAUCGACCUCAAGGCGGCAACCGCGGUGGCGGCCGUCCUCGCGAAUCCGAAGGAAUUACGACGCUAUCAAUGCGUCGCGGUGGUUUUGUCGGGCGGAAAUGUCGAUUUAAAGUGCAUCCCUGAUCUUAUGAGCUCGGCUCUAUAA